UUCGGUGUGGUCAGGACCUCCUCAGGGGCAUAAGAGCCAGGUUACUGCAGCUUCCCUUCCACCACUGUGGUCCCCAGCACGAGUCUUCGGGGACUAAGGCAGGGAGCAGCCCUGGAAGAUGAAGGCAGCAGAGAUGAGUGGUGACCAGGUCCACUUCUGCACAGACAACCAGACUGUCUCCCUGCACCCUCAAGGCCUGGACUCCUCGGCUCCAGCAGCCCCUAAGUCACCAAGGCUGAUUCAGGCCACCCUGAUAUUCAUGGUCGUGGUCACCGUCAUCUCUCUCACGGCCCUCUUUGUUGUGGUUCUACAGAACUUAAGACCUGCGCUGGAGGCCUACGGCUACUCCCAGGAGCUCGCGGGAGACAACACUACUGGGCAGGGGCCUGCGGAACGUGACGAUCCCUACCACUUUGUCUGGGUGGCAGAGUUACAAGAGACCCUCCAGAUGUUUAAAGACCAUGUGGAGAACUCCAGCACCUGGAGCAUGGAGGUGCAGACACUGAUGUGCAGAGUGGACAAUGUCAGUUCUCAGAUCCAGGUGCUCGGGGGUCAUCUGAAAGAUGCCAGUGCUGACAUCCAGAUCGUAAAAGGCGUUGUAAAUGAUGCCAAUGCCUUGCGCCUCCAGACCCAGAUGUUAAAAAGUUCCUUGGAGGGGGCCAGUGCUGAGAUCCAGAGACAAAAAGGAGAUCUGGAAAAGGCAAAUGCUUUAAAUUCCCAGACCCAGAGUUUCUUAAAAACCAGUUUAGAAAACACCAGCAUUGAGCUCCAAAUAUUGAGCAGAGGCUUAGAAAAUACUAACGCGGAAAUUCAGGUGUUGAAGGCAGGGUUGGAAAUGGCAAAUGCCCAGGCCCAGUUGGCAAACAGCAGUUUACAGAACGUUAAUGCGCAGAUUCUUGUUUUAAGAGGCAAUCUGGAUAGUGUCAGUGACUUAAGGGCUCAGAAUCAGGUUUUAAGUAAUAGUUUGCAAGAAACCAAUGCUGAGAUUCAGAAGCUAAAGGGAAGCCUGCAAAAUGCAAAUGAUUUAAACUCCCAGACCCAGACCCUUAUAAAAGACCGUUUAGACAACACCAGUGUUGAGAUCCAGUUAUUAAGAGGUCAUCUGAAAAGGGCUGGUGAUGAGAUUAACUUGUUAAAAAGAGAUUUGGAAACGACCACUGCCCAGACCCAAAGAGCGAACACUCGCCUGGAGCAGGCCAGUGCUCAGAUCCAAGGAUUAAAAACAGAGCUAGAGAACACCAAUGUCUUACAUGCCAACAUCCAGAUGAUAAACGAUCAGUUGAAAAAUGCCAGCAAAGAGAUACAGAUCCUAAAACAAGGACUGAAGGAUGCCGUGGCCUUAAAAUCCAAGACCCAGAUGCUGGAGAGCAAUCUGCAGAAGGCCGGUGCUGAGGUCCAGAGGUUGAAAGGGGAUUUAGAGAGCACUAAGACACUGACCUCAAACAUCCAGGAGAAGCAGAAUAGCCUGGAGACCCUCCGUGCAGCCUUUGCUUCGCAGGAGCAGCUACAGAAGUCCCAAAAUGAACUUCUCCGGCUGAUCCUGCAAGGCUGGAAGGCCUACGGCGGGAACCUGUAUUACUUUUCUCAUGUCAAGAAGUCUUGGCAUGAGGCUGAGCAGUUCUGUGUGUCCCAGGGAGCCCACCUGGCCUCGGUGACCUCUGCAGAGGAGCAGUCGUAUCUGGCAGAAUUCACAAGCACCUCCGACCACUGGAUUGGCCUCAAUGACAGGGACAGAGAGAACUCUUGGAAGUGGACAGAUGGGACACCAUUCAAUUCUGCUGGCAGCAAUGUGUUUUGGUAUGAUAAUCAGCCGGACAACUGGAGGCACAGAGACGGGCAGGACGAAGAUUGCGUUCAUAUGCAGCGGAAGUGGAACGACAACAACUGUAAUAUCCGCUAUCUGUGGGUUUGCAAGAAGCCCGUGAGUCAGGAUGUGGCCUGAAGUCGGCCAGAGGUGAGAGGUCCCAGCCACCGCCAGCUCUGGACCCUUUCUACCAUGUCUUGUGAGCCUCUGAACCCAACUUGUUCUCUGGGAUCUUCCAUUUAGCCUUUUGUGUUUCCUGCCCUGUCCUUUUAUUUAACCCUUCAAACAUGUUUGCCC